AUGGAUUCCAACAUGCCUAUUGCCAUUAUUGGCAUGAGCUGCCGAUUCGCUGGCGAUGUCGACAGUCCGUCCAAGCUCUGGGAUCUUUUGGCUCAGGGAAAGAGUGCGUGGUCGGAGAUUCCCAAGGAUCGGUUCAAUAUCGAUGGAUUCCACCAUCCCAACUUUGAGAAGCUUAAUGGUACAAACGUAAUAGGCGGCCACUUUAUGAAGGAGGAUGUUGGCCUGUUUGAUGCUCACUUCUUUAACCUUUCUGCCGAGACUGCUGCUGCUUUGGACCCCCAGUUCCGUCUGCAGCUCGAGUCAACAUACGAGGCCCUUGAGAGCGCGGGUAUCACUCUUCAGGAUGUGGCUGGCUCCAAUACCUCGGUAUACGCCGGCUCCUUCUUCCGGGACUACCACGAGAGCUUGAUCCGUGACCCCGACACACUCCCCCGCUUCCUCCUCAUGGGCACCGGCGCCGCCAUGGCCUCCAACCGUCUCUCCCACUUCUUCGACCUCCGCGGGCCCAGCAUGUCCGUCGACACGGGCUGCUCCACCACCCUCACAGCGCUUCACCAGGCCUGCCAGAGCUUGCGCUCGGGCGAAUCCACCAUGUCCAUUGUGGGCGGCGCCAACAUCAUGUUCAACCCCGACAUGUUCCUCGCCAUGUCCUCCAUGACGCUCAUCUCCAAGGACGGCCGGUCCUGGGCGUUUGACAGCCGCGCCAACGGCUACGGCCGCGGCGAGGGAUCGGCAACGGUCAUUCUCAAGCCCCUUGACGCUGCUCUGCGCGACGGCGACCCCAUCCGCGCCGUUAUCCGCGACAGCGGCAUCAACCAAGACGGCAAGACCGAGACCAUCACCACGCCCAGCGGCGAGGCACAGGAGGCCUUGAUUCGCGCUUGCUACGAGCGCGCAGGUCUCGAUCCGGGACAGACGACGUACUUUGAGGCGCACGGAACGGGUACUCCGACGGGUGAUCCAAUCGAGGUGAAGGCCAUCGCUAGGGUGUUCAAGGACUCGCGCAAGGGCAAUGGCGAGGACGCGCUGCUGCGUAUCGGGUCCGUCAAAACCAACAUUGGUCACACCGAGACGGCUUCGGGCGUGGCGGCCAUCAUCAAGGUGGCGUUGGCGCUGGAAAGGGGCCAGAUCCCGCCGAGCGUCAACUUUGAGAAGCCGAAUGCUAAGCUGAGUUUGGACGAGUGGAAGCUCAAAGUGCCCACCGAGCUGGAGGAGUGGGUGGGCAAGGACGGCAUCAGGCGGGCCAGCAUUAACAAUUUCGGCUAUGGCGGGUCGAAUGCCCACGUUAUUAUGGAGGACUACAGCAGCUACCUCGCCACAACUCAGCGGCCUAAGGCGCUACCUCUGGCGAAUGCCGGCGCUGGCCACCACCACCACCACCACCAUCACCACCACCAACACACCGAUAGCGGAAUUGUCAUUGACGACAACUUCAACGGCCACAAUGGCGACCACCACUCCAAGGUCUUCCUCCUGUCCGCCAAAGACGAAAAAGCCACGGAGCGCAUGAUCGCCAGCCUCAAGACAUACCUCCACCAGCAAAAGUCCAACACCCACUCCAAGAUCGCCGAAAAUGCCCUCCUCUCCAACCUCGCCCACACCCUCUGCGACCGCCGCACCCUCUUUCCCUGGACCGCCACCUUCUCGGGCGCCUCUCUCGACUCCCUCAUCCGCACCCUCGACUCAGGCCGCGUCAAGCCCGCCAAGGCCUCGGCCCAGCCCCCUCGCAUCGGCUUCGUCUUCACCGGCCAAGGCGCCCAGUGGUGGGCCAUGGGCAAGGAGCUCAUCGACGCCUACCCCAUCUUCAAGGCCGCCUUGCUCGACUGCGACGUCCAGCUCAAGAAACUCGGUGCCACUUGGAACAUGUGCGAAGAGCUGUCGCGCGAUGCCGAGACCAGCAAGGUCAACCAGCUCGAUUACAGCACGCCCGUGUGCGUCGCCGUGCAGAUUGCCUUGGUCGAACUGCUAAAGGCGUGGGGCAUCAAGCCGACGGCUGUGACUUCCCACUCGUCGGGCGAGAUUGCCGCUGCUUAUGCCGCUGGUGCGCUGGACCUGGCGAGCGCCAUGGCUAUUGCCUUUGCCAGAGGUGGUUUGGCUAGCGAGGGCAACCGCCAGUUUGCGAGGAAGGGAGGCAUGAUGGCUGUUGGGUUGGGACGGGAGGAGGCCGAGAAGUAUCUUCCUAGAGUUACUAAGGGCCAGGUAGUCGUGGCCUGCGAGAACUCGCCGACGAGCAGCACCUUGUCUGGUGAUGUCGAGGGUUUGAUUGAGCUGGAGCAGAUUAUGAAGCAGGAGAACAUCUUUGCUCGCAGGCUGAAAGUUGACGCGGCCUGGCAUUCGCAUCACAUGGAGGCUGUCGCUGAUGCGUACUAUGCGUCCAUGGAUAAGAAGGUCAAGCCGGCCAAGAGCAAGCUGGACAUGAUCUUCUCUUCUCCUUGCACCGGCAAGCGGAUGGACAAGGUCAACGAGAUCGGCAGCCCGGGACACUGGGUGCGCUCGUUGACGGGCUGUGUCCGGUUUGUGGAUGCGUUCCGCAACAUGGUCUUUGCCGAGGAGGGUGCCACAGAGCCGACGGUUGAUAUGGUGAUCGAGGUCGGUCCGCACGCGGCGCUGUCGGGUCCUAUUCAGGAUAUCUUGGGUAUGCCCCAGUUCAAGGGGGUUACUAUCCCGUAUGGCAGCUGCUUGAUUCGCAAGAAGAGCGCGGUUGAUACCAUGCAGGAUUUGGUCGGUGACCUGGUUCGCAAGGGGUAUCCUGUCAACCUCAAGGCUGUCAACUUCCCCUUUGGCAUGGAGGGUGUCAAGGUGUUGACUGACUUGCCUGCCUACCCCUGGAAUCACUCGACCAAGCACUGGAUUGAGCCGCGCUUCAACAGAGCCCUCAGACAGCGUUCAGAGGCUCCUCACGAUAUGCUCGGCUCGCUGGUGCUGGGUUGUGAUCCUAGUGCUCCUACUUGGCGUCACAUUGUCCGUCUCGGUGACCUUCCUUGGGUCAAAGACCACUGUGUCCAGGGCAACAUGAUCUAUCCCGCUGCUGGAUACAUUGCCAUGGCUGUUGAGGGCAUGCAGCGCUUCGCUUCCCGUCAAGCGGGAGACAAGAAGAUUGCUGGUUACCAGCUUCGUGAUGUUGACAUCCUCAACGCUCUUGUUGUUCCCGAGACGAGCGAGGGUAUCGAGAUGCAGCUUUCUCUUCGCCCCGGCAGUGAGAGGGAUCUUUCCACCAAGGGAUGGACCGAGUUUACUGUUCAGUCCGUCACCUUGGACAACAAGUGGACUGAUCACUGCAAGGGCUUGAUCUGCGUUCAGUUUGGCGCUGCUCCCAAGCACGCUGUCAACCAGCCUACCCAGGACUCCCACUACCGCAUCCGUAUCAACCCCAAUGACAUCUGGGCUGGCAUGCGCUCGGGUGGUAUCAACCAUGGUCCCAUCUUCCGCAACAUGAAGAGCAUUCGUGCCCGCAGCAAGCAGUCCGUCACCACCUUCACCGUGGCCGACACCAAAUCGGUCAUGCCCAAGCAGCACGAGCAUGCCCAUGUCAUCCACCCCACCACUUUGGACUCGGUCUUCCAAGCCGCUUACACUGCUGCCCCUGGCGCUGGUGGCAAGAACCAGACCCCCAAGGUUCCUCGCUCCAUCAGCAAGCUGUGGAUCUCCCACGACAUCAGCAAGCAAGCCGGUCACGACUUCAAGGCCUACGCCAACCUCGACCACGCCGACGACCAGUCCACCAAGACCGCUCUCCGCGUCGUCGAUCAUACUGCCGAGGCUCCCGUGCCUGUCAUUUCCAUCGACGGCUUUGUCUGCCAAUCCAUCGGCAACGCCCCCACUGCCGCCGACGAGCCCUGGGAAGCCGACAAGUUCACCACUACCCACUGGGCGCCCGACGUGACCUUCCUCAAGGACGCCUUCCUCAAGAAGCAGCUCGGCAGCCAAAUCACGCCCGAGGAGGCCGAGAUCCUCAUGGACCUCCGCAAGGCGUGCAUGUACUACAUCUACGACGCCCUCCGCGACCUCACCCCCGAGGACAUCAAGAAGCUGGAGUGGUACCACAAGAAGUUCUACAUCUGGAUGCGUCUACAGGCCGACUUGGCGCGCGCCAACGAGCUGGGGCCUGACAGCAGCAAAUGGGCCAACGCCACGCUGAACGAGAAGGCUAUCCUGCUGGAGAAGGUCAAGAUGAGCAGCACCAACGGCGAGAUGGUGUACCGUCUUGGUCCGCAGAUUGUUCCCAUCCUGAGGGGAGAGAUCACUGCCCUCGAAGUGAUGCUUGAGCAGAACUUGCUGUCCCGCUACUACCUCGAAGGCCUCAAAUGGGGCCGCGCCAACGCCAAGCUGGGCGAAAUGGUCCGCCACUACGCGCACAAGAACCCCCACGCGAAGAUGAUUGAGAUUGGUGGCGGUACCGGCGGUGCCACGGCCCAUGUCCUCAAUGCUAUCGGCACUGCCGACGACGGACUGGGCCCCCGCGCUGCUAGCUACGACUUCACCGAUGUGUCGUCGGGCUUCUUCGAGGCGGCCAAGGAAAAGUUCCAGCCGUGGAAGGACCUGAUGCGCUUCAAGAAGCUCAACAUCGAGCAGGAUCCUGCGUCGCAAGGCUUCGAGGAGGGAACGUACGAUGUGGUGAUUGCUUGCCAGGUUCUGCACGCGACCAAGUCGAUGGAUAACACGAUGCAGAAUGUGCGCAAGCUCCUCAAGCCCGGCGGUAAGCUGUUCAUCAUGGAGACGACCCAGGACCAGAUGGAUGUGCAGUUUGUGUUUGGGUUCCUCUCGGGCUGGUGGUUGAGUAAGGAGGAGGAGCGCAAGUUCAGCCCGUCGCUUUCCGUGCCCAUGUGGGAUCGCGUCUUGCAUCGUACUGGCUUCCGCGGUGUCGAAGCGGAGAUCAGGGACGUCGAGCAUGAUGAGCUUUAUGCGUUUAGCGUCAUGAGCUCGACGGCUGCGGCUAGUGCUCCCGUGUUUGACUUUGAUAUUACCUUUGUCACGGCGAGCAACCAGAUCCCCGAGGUGUGGUUGGAUAAGCUGAGGGUGUCAAUUGGGUUGUUGACUUGCUCGGUGCCGACGGUGAAGAGUCUCGAGGAGGUCACGGUCGAUGGAAACGAUGUUUGCGUCUUCCUGGAUGAUCCCAAGAACCCCGUCCUGGCGGACCCGAGCAAGGCGCAGUUCAGUGGAAUUAGGGACAUGUGCACUCGCGCCAAGGGCCUGCUUUGGUUGACGCAGGGUGGCGCCGAUGAGUGCGAUCAGCCUUUGGCCUCGCUCGCUGCUGGAUUCCUCCGCUCUUUGAGGCAGGAAUACUCCGGCAAGCGCCUGGCAACACUCGAUCUCGACCCGACUCAGGACAUCUGGUCCGAGACUUCCAUCACCACCAUUACCGAGGUGUUCCGCAAGUUGUUCGACUACUCGGUCAACGAAACCGGCAGCGACUACGAGUUUGCCGAGCGCGAGGGAGCCGUCAAGAUCCCCCGCUACAUCAAGGACGUCACGCGCAACUCGGCCGUUUUCAAGCAACAGCAAGCCACCACUCAGCCCGAAGCCGAGAUGCAGCCUUUCAUCCAGCCCGACCGUCCCCUGCGUCUGGCCAUUGGCACCGCCGGCUUGCUUGACACACUCAAGUUCGUCGACGACCCGACUGCGUCCGACCCUCUUCCCGAGGACUUUGUUGAAGUCGAGCCGCGCGCCUUCGGCGUCAACUUCCGCGACGUUAUGGUCGCCAUGGGCCAGCUCAAGUCCAACACCAUGGGCUACGACUGCGCCGGCGUCAUCACACGCGUCGGUCCCACCGCUGCUGCUGAAGGUUACACAGUCGGCGACCGUGUCUCCGUUUUGCUGAGAGGUCACUACGCUAGCAGGACGCGCAUCCACUGGACCAGCGCCGUCAAGAUCCCCGAUACGAUGACGUUUGAAACGGCCGCUAGCUUGCCGACGCAAUACGUCGCUGCUUACGUUUCCUUGUAUGACACUGCUCGUCUGCAAAAGGGCGAGUCCGUCCUCAUCCACGCUGCCACGGGUGGUGUCGGUCAAGCGGCGGUGAUGAUGGCGCAGCGCGUGGGCGCCGAGGUGUUUGUGACUGUUGGCACGGACGAGAAGCGCGAGUUCGUCAUGAAGCACUACGGUAUCGGAGCUGAUCACAUCUUUUCCUCGCGCGACAUUUCCUUUGCUGCAGGCGUCAUGGCCAUGACUAAGGGCCGGGGCGUGGAUGUGGUGCUUAACUCGCUGGCUGGCACUCUUCUGCAGGAAUCCUUCAACUGCCUGGCUCCCUUUGGCCGCUUCGUGGAGAUUGGCAAGCGCGAUCUGGAGCAGAACAGCAGUCUGGCGAUGGAGGCGUUCACGCGGGCGGUAUCAUACACGAGCAUUGAUGUGAUCACACUGGGAGACUACAAGAAGAUGGAGACAAACCGGAUCAUGAAGGACAUUAUCCACUUGGUUGGGGCUGGAGAGUUGCGGGUGGUUGAGCCUAUCACAGUUUAUCCCGUCGGAGAGAUUGAGAAGGCCUUCAGGUUGAUGCAGGCUGGCAAGCACAUGGGCAAGAUUGUGUUGGCUGCCUCUGAGGAGACCUUGGUGCCGGUCCUGCCCCGUGUCACCUCCAACACCGUCUCUCUCCGCUCCGACGCCUCCUACCUCGUCGUCGGCGGCUUCGGCGGUCUCGGCCGCUCCAUCUGCUCCUGGCUCGCCGAGCACGGAGCCAAGAACCUCGUGGUGGUCUCCCGCAACGCCAAAGCCGACAAGCUCGCCCAGCUACAGACCGAACUCAACCAUGUCUCCAAGGGCGUCAAAGUCACCGCCAUCAGCUGCGACAUCUCCAACAUGGCUGUCCUUACCAAAGCCCUCGACUGCGUCGAGCGCGGCGUGCCGCCCAUCCGCGGCAUCAUCCACGGCGGCAUGGAACUGCGCGACUCCGUCCUCGAACACAUGAAACUAGAAGAUCACAAGGCCGCUCUAGCGCCCAAACUGAACGGCUCCUGGAACUUGCACCAGUAUUUCUCAUCUACUGAAAAAGAGAGUCUAGACUUCUACAUCAUGCUCUCCUCCCUCGUCGGCAUCGUCGGCUUCGCUUCCCAAUCCAACUACUCCGCAGGCGGCACCUUCCAAGACAGCCUGGCCACCCACCGCGUCGCUAACGGUCUUCCCGGCGUAUCGCUCGACUUGCCCGUCGUCAAAUCCGUCGGCUACCUCGCCGACCACCCCGACUCGGAAAAGACCAUUGACUCGCUCAAGCGCCACGGCUUCACUGCCUUAGCAGAGGACGAAGUCCUAGCAGCCAUUGGCUCGGCAAUCAGCACCCCCUUCGCAGGCACCCUCACCCUCGGUCUCAACUGCGGACCGUCCGCGCAACCUACUCCCGAUUCGCCUCUAGCGCGCGACGCCCGUUUCGCACAGCUUAAACACCGCGCUAUCAAAUCUUCUUCUUCUACCAUCACCGCAGCAGCUGCCACGGGUGAUUUAUCCAGUCUGCUGGCUUCGUCUCAAACCAUCGAAGAAGCAGUGGAACAUACACUGGAGGCAAUCACGAAGAAAUUGCAGGAUAUCUUCAUGAUUGCGGACGCGGGCGAAAUCAACCCGGAUUGUUCGCCGGCCGAGUUUGGCGUGGAUAGUCUGGUGGCGGUGGAGUUGCGGAAUAUGCUGAGUAUGAAGGCGGGGAGCGAGAUGAGUAUCUUUGAGAUUAUGCAGUGUGGGAGUUUGAGGGGGUUGGCGGGGGUGGUGGUGGGGAAGAGUGGGUUUGUUGAUGCGUCGUUGAAGGAGUGA